AUGACAUUUGCCGUUGUUGGCAUUAUUGGACACUUUAGUAAAACUUUAAUUCUCUUCUUUUUGCCACAAAUUAUCAACUUUCUCUACUCCAUACCUCAGCUAUUUAAAUUUGUACCCUGUCCACGACAUCGUCUACCAAAAUACGAUCCUAAAUCGGAUCUCCUGCAUAUAAGUACAACGGAAUUCAAUAAAAAUGAACUCAACAUAUUGGGCAAGAUAAUGGUAACUAUAUUAAAGACAUUCAAACUAAUCACCUGGCAAGAAAUGCCCGAUGGACGUGUGAUAACGAAUAAUUUUACUUUAAUCAAUUUUGUAUUGGUUGUCUUUGGACCAGUGCAUGAAAAGGUGGUAACACAAAUGUUAAUGGCUGUACAGGUGUGUUGUACGAUAUUGGCAUUUGUUAUACGUUAUCCUUUGGCUAGUUAUUUCUAUGAUUCGUAG